CAAGUGUGUGUUCUGUUUUUCAGGAUCAUUUCUUCAAUUCCUGUUUUUUUUUUGAGUGAAACUUUAAAAAAAAAAAAAGGUGUCAAGUGUUUCUGAAGCAAUGUUUUCUCCGGUGAAGCCCGAACUUCUCGUGAAUCUCACGCAAGAGUUGAAGCAGAUUUCGAGAGACUUGAAAGACGGCGAUGAGGCGACAUCUGCCUUGGAACGGUUCUACGAAAAGUGUGCGAACGAAGACUCGGUUCCCGAAAAUUACAGAUGCGUCAGCACGAAGAAUUUGAGUAAAAUGAAGACCUUGUUGACGUCGGUGUCGCAAACGUCGGACGCGGAAGAACAGAGUCUGCGACGAGCCUUGGGCAUCAUCCAUGAGAUCAGGACACUGCAGGCCAACUACCGGCACCGGCAGAAGGCGACGGGCCAGCACGAGGUGAUGCGAAGGGGCGCCUUGAUGAUGCUGCUGCAGUCCUCGGCCAGCACCCUGCCGUUGUACGUCACCAAGGGCAACAACUGUGCUCCUGCUGCUGGCCCACCGGCCUUGUGUGGCUGCAUCCCAGCCGAGGCCAACCAUGUGUCCAAGAGUAAAAUGAAGACCUUGUUGACGUCGGUGUCGCAAACGUCGGACGCGGAAGAACAGAGUCUGCGACGAGCCUUGGGCAUCAUCCACGAGAUUAGGACACUGCAGGCCAACUACCGGCACCGGCAGAAGGCGACGGGCCAGCACGAGGUGAUGCGAAGGGGCGCCUUGAUGAUGCUGUUGCAAUCGUCGGCCAGCACCCUGCCGUUGUACGUCACCAAGGGCAACAACUGUCCUCCUGCUGCUGGCCCACCGGCCUUAUGUGGCUGCAUCCCAGCCGAGGCCAACCAUGUGUCCAAGCCAGGUGACAUGGUGGCGGCCCAAGUCAGGGCAUCGGAUGGCGACGAAAACUGGAUUUUGGCGGAAGUGAUGGCCUACGAUCAAGCCCUGGGCAAGUACGAGGUGGAAGACAUUGAUAUCGAGCAAAAAGAAAGACAUAAUCUGAACAAGAAAAGAGUUGUUCCUCUGCCAAAUAUGAGAGCAGAUCCAAUCACGUGUCCGGAAGCGUUGUUUCCAUUGCGAUCAGUCGUGCACGCUAUAUAUCCGCAAACGACGUGCUUCUACAAGGCCCAGGUGGGCAAGCAGCCGGCGCACCCAUUGGACGACUACCUGGUGUUGUUUGAGGACUCUCAGUACCCCGAUGGUCUCUCACCGCCUUUGCCGGUGGCGCAGAGGUACAUCAUCAGUUUGCCGGGCAGCAAGAGAGCCGCCCGACCGGCGGCUGCCAAGGACGCCGCCAAGUGACCACAGUGUAAUGUAUGUGUCGGUUUUGAGUUGGUGGGUGUGUGUUGAUCUCCGUGAGGUGGAUGUUGGAAGGGCUCUGUUUUUUGUUUUUUUUUAUAUACUGUACUGUACUUGUGUUGUUGUUUUGGUGGACGAUGAAGCGGUUGAAAGACAGGUUCUGGUUGUUGUCAUUUGCAUGUC